AGAGGAGGAGGCGUUGGCGCAUCGCGCUACUGCUGCCGCUGCUGACACAUAAACCGGCUGUCCUGCACUUGAAGAGGGGGCACACAAUUAACCGACACGGUCCGUUCACCAUCUCAUCUGGAGUGAGACGCUCUGUAGUAGCUGUGCUUGCACUUUUUUUUUCUUUUUUUCCCCCAGGCAUUAACUCUAGCGGCUUUAUAAAAAAAAUGAUCAAGAACGGACAUCACCACCACCAAGUGAGCACGGCGGCCGGGAAAGACGCAGGGACGACCCCCGGUGCUGCAGCCUGCAGUCCCGAGAAGAGGAGGAGAAGAAUCCGGGUGUGGUGCGAUGGCUGCUAUGACAUGGUCCAUUACGGUCACUCCAACCAGCUGCGACAGGCCAAGGCCAUGGGAGAUUACCUCAUCGUUGGAGUACACACAGACAGUGAGAUUGCAAAGCACAAGGGUCCGCCAGUCUUCACUCAGCAAGAAAGAUACAAGAUGGUGCGGGCCAUAAAAUGGGUGGAUGAGGUCGUGGAAGGAGCACCUUACGUCACCACCCUCGGGACCCUCGACAAGUACAACUGUGACUUCUGUGUGCACGGAGAUGAUAUAACACUAACAGUGGAUGGGAAAGACACAUAUGAAGAGGUGAAGAAGUCAGGACGGUACAGGGAGUGUAAGAGAACCCAGGGGGUUUCAACCACAGAUCUGGUUGGCAGGAUGCUACUGAUGACCAAAGCACACCACAGCAACAUUGAUAGUUCAGACUAUCAGCAGCACACGGACAACUUUGGAAAGGGGUCACAUGGUCAGAAGGGCCACAGUCCCUGGACGGGGGUGUCUCAGUUCCUGCAGACUUCGCAGAAGAUCAUCCAGUUUGCUUCAGGCCAGGAGCCUCAACCCGGAGACACUAUCAUCUACGUGGCAGGAGCCUUUGACCUCUUCCACAUUGGUCAUGUGGACUUCCUGGAAGCAGUGCAUAAGCUUGCAGAACAGCCAUACAUUAUAGUGGGGUUGCACUUUGAUCAGGAGGUGAAUCGCUACAAAGGGAAAAACUACCCCAUCAUGAAUGUCCAUGAGAGAACGCUGAGCGUCCUGGCUUGUCGAUAUGUGUCAGAAGUGGUGAUUGGUGCACCCUUUGCAGUCACAAAAGAUUUGCUGGACCAUUUCAAGGUGGAUCUUGUAUGCCAUGGAAAGACAGAAAUAUAUCCUGACAAGGAUGGGUCCGACCCUUAUGCUGAGCCUCGGAGGAAAGGAAUCCUGCGUACCGUUGACAGUGGGAACAGCCUUACUACAGAUGCCAUUGUGCAGAGAAUAAUCAAAAACAGGUUGCUAUUUGAAGCAAGGAACCAGAAGAAAGAGGCCAAAGAGAUUGCUGUGAUCCAGGCCUUGAAGCGACAAGAGGAGGAAAAGACUAAAGAAAGAGCCCAGGCUGUGCCGUAGAAAGGCCCCAAUCAAGCACCAUCAACCAAGCGAACACUGACAAGCUCAAUUAAUCUAAACUCAUGUACAGUAGAAGAAUCAACCUUUUUAUACGUGUUAUGACACCCUCCACACACGAUCCUGGCUAAUAACAGCAGUCUUUAGAGCAGCCUGUUUAUAGCCAGGGCGGCAACGUCUGCUGUGGGAUCAUCAGGUAUACAGUGUGUGUGUGUCUUCUGUGUAUUAAUAUAUUCUGCAUAUGCAACUACAUGUUCAUGUCAGUCAACAAUCACACGUACAGAAAAUAGAAAAAAAGUUGGAGCAAGGAAGUCUUCAAAUGUGUAUUUUAUGUCUUCAGAUAUUUUUAAUUCCUCAAGUACGUUUGCCUUCAAAAACAAAAUAAAUUACUUUUUAAGUAUUAUAUCAUGGGAUUUGGACAUAUGAAGGGCAAGUCUAGGCGAUCUGAGAUGUUAUUCAGGCAUUAAAUGGCAACAAAGAAGUGAUUUGAUUAGUAAUUUAUGUGAGGUUGUUGCUGCUUUCUGCCCAGCAAUAGGCACAGCCCCACAACCAGUCUAUCUUUGUAUAUACUGUAUGUUCUGUAUGUAUGUAUUAUAAAGUGAUUACAGUCUCUCUAGAGGAUGCUUAAACCACUAGAGAAUCAGGGGAGAAAAGUUCCCCUGCUUCUCUGCGUCUACCUUGUUCGGACGUGAGAAGGUGUUGAUGGACUCUCUCGGGACCUCAUGUACAUAUCAGACCUUGCUUCGAUCAGAUUGCACAGAAAUCAUCAGAACUGUUCUGUUUCAUUGGUAGAGCAGGUUUUUAACUCAAAAAUGCACACUGUUGAGACCUGCACGCCUGGCCUUUUGAGUGCAAUUUUUUUUAAAGCAACACUCCUUAGAUUUAUCCUAACAUAGAUAACACUACAGAGAGUUUUAACAGGCUGCUUUUAACCUUUACUUUUGUUAAUAUAUCUAGAGAACUAUGACAGAUGCUCAGUGUUGUUGACUUGAUCAUGAAAUAGACCUCUUACUCAUGAAAUAGACCUCUUACUGUCAUUAAGCCCUGAACAAUUUAACCUCUGUCUCUAUAUCAAAUGGGAUUAAAUAAUAUAUUUUUUGUAGAUGUAUAUUUUACUCACCUCCUCUCCAUUAACUACUGUAUAGAUGAUUUCAUAUUGUUUAAAAGGAUAAAAUAUGUCUGUAUGUGAAGUUGGAAUGUAUUUAGUGUAGGUUAAUCCAUGUUAUUGACAACUCCCAGUUGACAAAUACUGUAGAAAAACUGAUUGGACUACAGUAUAAUACUGCUGAUAAUUAUAACAUUUUAAUCUGAAA